AUGACAUCCUACCUACUCAAGGCACUGCGUUAUAACCCACGCACCAAAGCAAUCUCUAUGGAGAAGCAACCCAUGCUGGAAACCGCAGAUUCUGAAAACUGGAAGUCGACCCCCCGGCGACGACAAAAGCCCAAGUUCCUGAGUUUACGAUUUUAUGCACCGACAGGUGUCUUUAUCGUCCAGACAGCUCUCCUUAUCUUUGGAUGGACCUUUUUCGGGAUCACACGUAGCAGACCCGUUCCCCUCCCCGCAUAUCUCGCCGUCGCUGCGAAGGGAAAUGUGCAACCUAUAAUCAUGGUCGCAACGCUCUUCGCAUCAUUCUUAUCUGCGAUCUCUGGCUUAUUCGUCUCCCGGCCGAACGACUCUGUCUCUUUGUAUACGAUGACCUCUGGAAUCAAGCUGGCCGCAACAUCGCCGAUAUUCAACGUGCGUCGCAUAGAGUGGACUCUUGGAGCUGUCAUCUGUACACUGGCUGUUAAUGCUCAAACGGCUGGAUGGGCGACAUUAUUAACGCCGAAGCCAAUCACCCUGGAAGCUGCUAUGGAAGGUUUUGAGCUCGAUCUCGCCAGCCCGGAUUUUCAGAAUCUAAUGGUUGAUAAUCAAAACGUUGUUACGCCUGACCUUUUGACGAACGUCAUGCCUCUUGUCGAAGCGAGCGGUUCCACUGCCAUCAGCACCCGUUUCUCCUUACCAAGCAUCCUCAACUUCAAUCAGAUCUCUUAUAUCAAUUCAACUAAUGGCAUUAUGCCCGCCAGUUAUUCUCAACUACAAAGUCAGGCGCUGACUACGUGGGGCUCAAUCGUGCCUGCAAACGUCAUCAUCGAGAAAUUGACCAACCGGCCCACGGGAUUUCCAAUGAGCUUCUCAAUGACCCAGCAGGGUUUUACAUCUGAUAUCAGCUGUAAACAACAAGAGCUCGAUGCCUCUUCCUCACCGUCGAUGCAAAUCCUUUCCGCGAGCCAACCGGUUUUCAACAGCACCAUUACCCUGGCACAAAUGCGAGUUCUUUGCGUCAAUGCGACUUCGCCUUCCUUUACUCGACCAGCUAUAACGUCUUCAAAUCUCGACGCAGUUUUUGGUAUCUCUUGUCCCGUUACUGAAAAUGGGAAACAACGCUGGGACUUCAUUAUUACGGGCUCGGGAAAAUACAAACUCAUAAAUACCACCAUCUGUUCAAUUUCGCCCAGGCUCACCAAGAUAAUCGUUGACUACAACGAUGCCACCAAAUUCUUCAACUCCUCUUUCCCGAGUUUCAUCAAUGGGUCACGACCAUGGGGUGCUACUGAUGCUCCUUGGGUUGGCGAAUUUACUCUUUCCAUGCUCCUCCGAAGUCUGGUGAUUGGCCAGAGUUUAACUGGGAAUUCAGUCGGUGACACGGUGGCCUCGUUCCUAGCGGCUUUGCCACCUUCUCCGGAUCUUUUGAAUAAUGUCCUGAGCGAGUAUGUCAGGGGUGUCUUGGAGUUUAGUGUCACGCUCCUUCGAACAGUCUAUUCGCAAAGCGACAAUCGCCUAUUCCCAGGAAAUUCCAGUGUUAUCCCGCAAAACAUGAGAAUCGCGGUCAAUGGCACCUUCAAAACGGAGACGAUAGGCUGGAGUCAAGAUACGAAAACAGCGCCCGCCGUCCUCCUUGCGCCCACACUCGUCAGCCUCUUAACCAUCACCAUUAUUGUUGUUACACUCUUGCGUACUUCGAAAAGCAAGGAGCCGCAGGCGACCCAUUUCUUCGAUCCGGGGAACCUGUUACACGUUAUUUCGGCAUCGUCUGCUGGUGGCAUGAAUGAACCUUUCCCACCAUUCUCGGAGAAUCCAAAACUGUACAGCGAAGGUGUUCAGAUACGGCUCACCUCCGUAGAUGGCACUCCAGAUGGCAGGUUUGGUUUCGUCCAUGUCAAAUGA